AUGAUGAAACGUGAACCAACCAGACUGACACUAACAGAUAGCGAAAUAGCUGAUAUGAUUGUUAGUCUGGAAACAAGGAAAUUUGAUGAACAAAUGAAAGCGACAAAGUUACUGGAACAAAAAAGAAAUAAUAGACAACCAUUAGAAAUAGAUAGUUCUAAUAUAUUUGGGAUAAGGUCUCUAGAAAAUUUUAACGGUAAUAUAUCACAGGGACAUCAAGAAUAUCCUAAAUCUACCAACUUGAGUGAUAAGAACUUUAUUCAUCAUACAAAUAACAUACCGAAUGAUAUGACGCCAGAGAUUGCAUCAUAUACUAAUAACGAGAUCCCAUUGGAUAUGGAUAGAUUAGAUGUAAACCGAAAUUUAAUUCAGAGUUAUGGUAGUGAUACUGAUAAUAAUGGAACAAACAGAUCAUCGCUUUCAACAUAUCCUGCAUAUUCUCAACAAAGUGGUACUAUAACGAACUAUAUAAGAAAUAUCAGUGCAAGUAGUAAUAUUGGUAACAGCCAACUAAAUGAGGAGGAAGUUAUGUUCGAGGAAUCCAAUUCACACAAUCAACCAAAUCCUUUCUACAUGGCAGAUCAUUGA